AUGAAGAAAUUCCGCACCGGCCGCAAGUGGCUCAAGGCCAAGCUGCGCCGCGGCUGUUCCGAGAGCCAGAAGCAGGAUAGGAAGAUUGUCAUUGGACCACCUACCAACUUCCGCCGUGAGAACAUAACUCUUGGUAAAGAUGUUGAUGGAAACGCGAUUCUCAUCGAGCGAGCCCGAGAGGAUGCCCAGGCCAUGCAUCGAGCUUCGCAGACGCAGCUCCGGAGCGACACAGCUUGA